CCGUUUAAUGAUCCAAAUUUCGCUACUUUUGGUUAAGAAAAACGUGAAUUUCUGUGCAAUCGUUGACGGAUGCUGACUGAUUUUCAGGAAUCGUGGAUGCCCCUGAUAUGUAAUCACGUUUCCAAGUUUUUUAUGCCUCGAUCUGUUAACGAUCGUAAUACACUUAUCGCAAACUGUGUUAAAGCGUGUGAUUUAGAUUCCUUGUUUUCUAAUACCCAUUUCUCUGGUUGCGUAUUCAACAAGUGCACUUGUUGAUUAGAUUACUGACAAUUUUCUGAUCUGGGGAAGUUGAAAAAGUGGUUUUCUUUCUGUUUUUUUUCCCGGAAAUAUUGAUUGCAAAAUCGAUUGCGAUUACAAUCUCUGUUUCUGGGUUUUUCAGCCAUGGAAGACGAUUUUGCUAGUUUGGUUGGUUUUGAUUGGGAUCUUUUUACUUUAAUAAGUUAUGAUGAGUUCACGUGAAAUGAAUAGACUAGACUUGACGACUCCGAUUUCGAAAUUCCUUUUGGGAUGAAGAAUAUCCCAUCGUUUUGGAGUGGUAUACUUCUUCUCAAAGUUUCCUUUUAUGGUUCGCCUUGCCUCAGCGUUUUUCGUCUUCCUUUUUUCACACUUUUCCUUCAUCUGGUUUACAUAAACCCAAAGUUGUCUAAAAUUCACAGCUCCUGGUUUGCUUGUCUGGCUCCGAUUUUUCAAUUGGUUUUGGUUGGAUGAUAUGGCUUUCUGGUUCUCCGAUUCACUGGUCUAAGUGUAUGCCAUCUGGUGCUUUAAAUUCAUUAUGUAAUAUGCUAGAUGGUGAAAUUUUCUAUGUUUCUUCUGUGUGUGUGUGUCUUUUUUUUUUUUUUCCUCCCCUCUCUUUUUUGACGUUUGUGUCACAUAAUGAGUUUCUAUUAGCAUGUUUCUCUUUGUAGGUUUGAGACCUGAGACUUGCUAGUCAAUUGUAUUUUGAGAAGUUUAGACCUUUUCUUCUGCAAAGUUUGGGCGCUGCCUAAGAUCAGCAGUGCCCAUGGAUGCCACAACUAGCGGAACCCCUACUAUUCAAUACCAUAACAUUCCUGAGCAGCCAAUUACUGCCAUUGUUGCAACACCUCUACCAGCAUUUGAACGGCAACAACGCCAUUGCUUUGGGGACUCUAGUCCAGGAGAAUUCCCCUUGUCUGCUAAUCCCUCCAUUGUGCUUCAUGUCCUCACAACGUGUAAUUUGGAUCCUCAAGAUCUUGCUAGUUUAGAGGCAACAUGCUCCUUCUUUAGACAGCCUGCAAACUUUACUCCCGACUUCAGUUUGUCCCUGUCAGAGCUUGCUGCUCUGGACAUGUGCCAAAAGAGAGCCAUUUUUGGGCCAAUGACAACAGAACAGAAGCAAGAAUUGAAGCAAAUAUGUGGGGGUUCUUGGAAACUGGUUUUGAGGUAUUUGCUUGCAGGAGAAGCAUGUAGUAGGAGGGAGAAAUCACAGGCAGUAGCAGGUCCUGGUCAUAGUGUUGCUGUGACAUCAAAAGGGGUUGUUUAUUCAUUUGGUUCCAAUGAUUCAGGACAACUUGGUCAUGGUACCACUGAAGAGCAAUGGCGACCUUGCCCUAUCAGAUCUCUGGAAGGAAUUCGAAUUAUACAAGCAGCUGCAGGGGCUGGGAGGACUAUGUUGAUCAGUGAUUCUGGGCAGGUAUAUGCCGUUGGGAAAGACUCUUUUGGGGAAGCUGAGACUGGAGCUCAAGGACCAAAGAUUGUCACCACUCCCUCGUUAGUUGAGUCUUUGAAGAACAUAUUUGUGGUUCAGGCUGCAAUUGGAAAUUUCUUCACAGCUGUGUUGUCAAGAGAGGGCAGGGUUUAUACAUUUUCUUGGGGUAGUGACGGGAGACUUGGUCAUCAUACUGAUCUAAAUGAUAAGCAACCUCAUCCCUUGUUAGGAGCCCUUGAAGACAUACCGGUGGUGCAAAUAGCUGCUGGAUACUGCUACCUACUUUGUCUGGCAUGUCAGCCCAGUGGAAUGUCAGUAUACUCAGUUGGGUGUGGCUUAGGUGGAAAGCUUGGACACGGUUCAAGAACUGAUGAGAAGUAUCCUCGUUUGAUUGAACAGUUCCAGAAUUUAAACCUUCAACCCAUGGUGGUUGCAGCUGGUGCGUGGCAUGCUGCAGUAGUGGGGCAGGAUGGCCGUGUUUGCACGUGGGGAUGGGGGCGCUAUGGCUGCUUGGGUCAUGGUAAUGAAGAUUGUGAAUCAGUGCCAAAGGUGGUGGAAGCAUUGAGCAAUGUCAAAGCAGUUCACGUUGCUACUGGAGAUUACACAACCUUUGUAGUGUCUGGCAAUGGUGAUGUGUAUUCAUUUGGUUGUGGAGAAUCUUCUAGUCUGGGACAUAACACCGGAAAUGAUGCACAGGGAAACGGGCACUCAAAUGUUCUAAGUCCAGAGCUUGUAACUUCACUGAAGCAGGCUAAUGAGAGGGUGGUUCAGAUCAGCCUGACCAACUCUAUAUACUGGAAUGCUCAUACAUUUGCCCUGACCGAAUCGGGUAAGCUGUACGCCUUUGGCGCUGGGGACAAAGGACAGCUGGGAAUUGAGCUCGCGGCGAACCAGACCGAGAGGGGAAAACCAGAGAGGGUUGAUGUUGAUCUCGGUUGAUCAAUCAUCUGUGUAUUAUAUUCUAUCCACUAAUUUAUGGUCUCAAUGCAUGAUGUUGCAUUUAGUGUUUAAGUUUCUUCUGUGUAUUCUGUAAAUAGGGAAUCAAAGAAAGCAUCAUGAAGGUGUAUGGUAGGGUAAACAGCUAACAAGGGCCUCAUGGUGUUGCAAUAUGCUUGUUGAUAUCAUCGCUCCUAGGCUUUGACUAGUUGAUAGUUCAAACAUUGAUUAGUUGAUACAUUGUUUAUGCUUCAUUUAUUGCCUAGUUGUUUCAUGCUGAUUUUUGUAGAUCGUUUGCUUAGCAGCAAUUUGGUUAAAA